AUGGCCUACCCGCCAAACCUGCCCGUGCUCGCCCUUGCGCUCCUCUUGUUGACCAUCGGUCAACAUGCAUUGCAGCAUGCAUCCGCCCUCAACGUCACCUUUUUGGGAACCGGCGUGCCCCUGACCUCGCCCAUCCGCUUCGGCUCAGCCAACCUCGUGCGGACGGCCAACGCCACGGUCCUCGUCGAUUGCGGCGCCGGUGCCACGCAGCGAAUGGCGGCAAUCGGUGUCAACGGCCAAAUGAUUGACGCCGUUUUCUUGACCCACCUGCACCAUGACCACAUCAUCGACCUUAUCGACUUGUUGCUGGACGGCGCCUUCGGCGGGAGGGCCGUCCCCCAGAGGGUGUUCGGGCCGGCCGGCACGCGGCGCCACGUGGAGCAAGUCCUGGAGCUGUGGGACCACGACCUGGAGAGGUUCAGGGACAAUUUGAAGGCCGGCUCUGCGGGCUUCGAUUUCGAGGUCACGGAGAUAGAGCCCGGCAAGGUGGCCUCCUUCAACGGCUUGGAGGUGGAGGCGGUGGAGGUGCGGCACGUGAUCAUCGAGCGCGCCUACGGCUACGUGCUCAGGGGAGAGGGCCGCUCCGUGGCAUUCAGCGGGGACACGAUCCCCGUGGACAGUCUGAUAGAGGCGGCCAAGGACGUUGACCUGCUCGUGCACUCCGUGAUCGUCAGGGACCUCGUCGCCAACAACCCGAGGUUCACGAACGGCUCGAACAUCCUCAGAUUCCAUACGCCGUCGACGGAG